GAGUCAGUUUUGACGUCACGUGAGCCUCUAACUUAAGCCUAUUCCCACUUAGCGGACUUCAUUCUCGUUUCCGUGCUUCCACCGUCGACUUCUUCUUCGUUUCGAAUUAUAAGACAACCACAAUAUGGGAGGCUUUCAACAGAGGCCUUGGACUCCCACAAAAAGGCGUGGACCGAUCGCUGCCGAAUACACCAGCCCUGGACCGGCAUGUGUGACAUUGCCAAACCUCUUAGGUACAUCCUCCACUGAUUCCAAAAACGGAAGAGCUCCUGCGUUUAGUUUUGGUGCUAGGCAUGGCGGCAAAAAUGACACUGUAGGACCUGGUCCAGGACAGUACAAUAUUACCGGACUCAGCUCAAAAGGUAAAGAUUGUCCUCCGGCUCUUUCUCUCCAUUCUCGAAAUAAGGACGAAAAGCAUGACAACACACCAGCUCCAGGUUAUUACGAUUUAGAAAAAAGCGACAAAGCGACACACGAUUCUUCACCAAAGUUCACGUUCGGUUAUAGAACACAUUUAGAGAAGCCGAGUUCGACGCCUGCACCUAACGUCUACAAAAUCCCCGGGGUCUUGGGGGCGACGAAGGAAGGGAACAAGUGUUCAGCGCCGUCGUUUAGUUUAUCCGGCAGGUCGAAAGAACCAGUCGACGAUAGAGUCAACACACCGGGCCCUGGGACGUACAACUCCAUGUCCGACGUGACCCUGCCCAAAUCUCCCGCAUACUCCGUCGCACCGAGAAUACAACCUCCCAGCGCCAACAACAUCAAACCCGGCCCAGGAACCUAUUCGCCAGAGAAGAUACGCAUUGAUAUACCACCGGCGCACACCUUCGGCAUCAAGCAUUCUGAAUACCUUGGAAAUUUGAGGAGCAUGAUGUGAGAUCACAGAGUCGAGAGACCUUUUCGUGCGCAACUAACAACAGUACAAAAGGCUUAAUCUUAAUCGAAAAAUAUUCUGACACGGAAAUAAAAACGUUUUAUUCUAACAAUUCUAAUUGUAUCGUGAUUAAAACAGGGAAUCCUUAAAAAAAUUAGUUGAUACAUGUUGCAGCUAACAUUUGCGUCGCUCCACAGUCAAAAAUGUCAAAUAACGCCCAUGAAGUAGUAAACCAUUUGUUAUUUCCAGAAAAAAAAUUAUAUAUAUUUUGUUCAAUUAAUAUUACAUUGUUUUGUUUUUAAAGCUUUUUUUAAAUUAAUAAUAAAUAUAAACUGUUCUUGUAAACAAUUACUCAAUAAAGGCUUGAGCAGUA